AUGCGCGGAAUAAGCCUUUGCACGGCGGCAGGAGCUUUGACGGACGAGGAGACGGUGCAGUGGGGGGCAGUCCCCAUGUCUGUGUAUUUGGAGUAUCUGCAAGCCGCAGGAGGCCUCUGCCGUGUAGGCCUUUGCGUUUUCAUGAUGGUGGGAGGCGCCUUGCUGAUGGUCUUGUCCAACGUGUGGCUUUCCAACUGGGCAGACAAGCGAGUUCAGACAACGACAGGCAUAUCGCUCUGCGUCUUUGCCGCCCUUGGAGCAGCCCACGUUGUAGUGUCUGUCCUCUCCUACCUCAACGUCUCUGAGGGAACAGUUACUGCGGCGCGGCAUUUCCACGAACAGCUCUUAAGAAGCAUCCUUGAUGCUCCAAUGAAGUUUUUCGACAUGACGCCAACCGGCCGCCUACUGAAUCGGCUUACAAAGUCUAUAUAUGGGAUCGAUGAGGCGCUGCCUUCCGCCUUGCUGUCCUACGUAACCACGCUAAUCACGUGCCUGCUCACCCUCUCCGUCAUUUCUGUCGUAUUUCCGUCCUUCUUGCUUGUCGUGAUCCCGCUGCUUUUCUACUACGCGUCGGUCCAGAACUUUUAUGUUCCGACAAGCCGCCAGCUGCAGCGCAUAGAGACGGUAUCGCGAUCGCCGGUGAUUUCCCACUUCCAGGAAACGCUCGAAGGCACCGAGACUAUCCGAGCCUACAGGGAAGAAGCCCGAUUCUUCGCCGUCUCUGCAGCGCGGCUCGACGCGAAUAGCAAGAUUUAUUACAUGUCCAUAGCCGCAAAUCGAUGGCUGGCUGUGCGGCUCGAGCUGGUUGGAGCCGCAGUGGUCUGCAGCUCUGCCCUUUUUGCCGUCUUGGGGAGGGGCAUCAUUACGGGUGGGCUUGGAGGUCUCGCUGUUUCCUACGCGCUGUCGGUUACGCAGCAGCUCAACUGGCUAGUUCGCAUGGCGAGCGACAGAGAAACAGCGAUUGUUUCCGUGGAAAGAGUAAGAGAUUACUCCGAGGGGAUCGAUGCUGAGCGCCUCGAGCCCACAGUCGGUGUGCCUCCCAGUACGGCUGCAGGGCAGCCAGUAUUCGCAGCUACUGCGGCUACUGCGGCUGCUGCUGGUGCCGAGAGAUCUCUGGUUAGCUGGAGGGAGAAGCUGCCAGAAGGAUGGCCUCUGGAAGGAGCAGUCGAAGUUCGGGAUCUCUGUGUUCGAUACCGACCGGACUUGCCCCUAGUUCUUAAAGGCAUCUCGUUUUGUAUUCGCUCGGGAGAAAGAGUUGGUUUGGUGGGGAGGACUGGUGCCGGCAAGAGCAGCUUGCUCGUGUCGCUGUUGCGGCUCGUUGAGCCGUGUGGAGGGAGCAUCCUAAUAGAUGGCGUCGAUAUUCAGACUGUCGGGCUUCGCUUUCUCAGAUCUCGAUUCGCAAUCAUUCCGCAGGACCCCGUUCUCUUCGAGGGGUCUCUGCGGUUCAAUGUAGACGCCCAGGGAGAGCACUCCGAUGAGGAAAUCUGGCAGGCGCUGGAAGGGGCACACCUUGCAAGUGCCGUCCGAGCCAUGGCUGAGCGGCAUUGGCGAAGGAGGAGCAGUAGCGUCAGCAGCGUGAGCAGAGGGAGCACCGAGGGAAUUGCGUGGAAUGGUUCGCAGGGUGAACAGGGGCUUGAGGCUGCAAUGCUGCCUGCAGCAGAAGAGCCUGAAGAAACCGCAGCUGCUGCUGCAAUCGAUGUCGCCCUUUCUCAACCAGAGGAACUCAAUCCUCUGGAUCUCAUGGUGGAAGAGGGCGGCAGAAACUUCUCUUUAGGGCAGAGACAGCUUAUCUGCCUGGCCAGAGCCCUCCUGCGACGUUCACGCAUUCUUCUUCUGGACGAGGCUACUGCCGUGGUAGAUCCACGGACUGAUAGACUUAUUCAGGAAACGAUCAGAAAGGACUUCAGAGAGUGCACAGUCAUCACAAUUGCGCAUCGUAUUGAUACCAUUGUUAAUUACGACAGGGUGCUGGUUCUUUCUGAAGGCCGUGUGGAGGAGUUUGACUCUCCCCGUGUGCUGUACAACAAGAAAGACAGCUUUUUCCGCUCCCUGUGUCUUCAGGCCAGGGUUCAGCCAGACAGAGCUUAG